UUGAACCAUACAAAUGUUUCUUCUAUGGCAUUGUGUCAUAUUAAGUUUCAAGAAGUCAUAGAAAAUAUGCCUACACAAUUCUUUUACCCCCUAUAUUUACAGGAACUGGUUCAAACUGACAUCACAUUCAGAUGAUGACACAGUCAGUAGAAAAUUCAGUUGAAAGCAUGUGAGCAGGGUUGGUUAUUUUUAUCAGACAUUUAAGGUUUGUGUCUGAGGACCCUAUAAAAACCAAACCCUGCGUCAUCCUAUUACAUUUACACGUAAAGGAUUUCAGAUAUCAAACGAUCAGAACUCAUAGACCAUAUGAGAUGUGCGGUGAUUAUUGCAGACAUGCUUCCAACGCACAUGCAACAUAAAUAAAUGAUCAGUAUCGGACUUAUCAACACCAAAUAUCUCUGAAGAUGUUUUUUCCGUUCCUUAAAAAAAAAGGCAUUUCAUGACUAAGCAGUUACAGACGUAUAUAAGUGAGUUUGCGUAGAAGCGAUGUUGUAAUACAAGAGUUUGUAAGACAAAUAUUGUGAAUUUUCACCAUGCAGCCACAAACAGGACUUCUGUGGAUUUUUAUCCUGUUCGCCAUGCCGCUCAAACCAACACAGGGAUGCAGUUUGAAUCGGAUGAAUUUCACAGAAGGAAUCAUAGAGAAACUACUGCACUUAUUUGUUGAAGCCAAUGGGGAUGUAAGCUGCAAGCCAACUAAAAUUCCAGAACUUCACUUUGAUCCUUCUGUUCUAAUUAAAGACCAAAAGCAGCGAGUUCACUGCAUAUUUUCUUAUGCCCAUGAAGCUCUUCAAUUGAUAAAAGAACAUCAGAGCGAUUUGCACGGUGAAACCGCUAACAUAAUAAAGAAUAUCACUGAAACACAGCAACAGUUAACAGUUACCAUGGGCUGUGUUAAGAAGGAUUGGGGGGAAUGCAAAAACAAAACAACCCCUGUAUUCAGUGAUAAAAAUACAUACCAUCGAAAACAAUGGGGCCGCUCUGUUCUUGAGAAUUUUUUGACAUUUCUAAAAGAAUUGUUAACUGAACAUAAACGACUUUUUGAGGUGCACAAAUCAAAUCAUACUAGACAGCAGUAUGUAAAACAAAGAUGGUAGAUUUCAUUUGUGGGUAGUUGACGCACAACAGGGGUUUUCUUAUUUCUUAUAUAACU